UUGUAAUGAGAAACCAUCACAUUGAUUGUAAAGAAUGAAGACAUAGGUAAUCUUUCGAAACGGUCCCACCACUUGUGGGAAGAGUAAAUGAGGAACCAAACCAGUAUGAACCCAGGAGGCGAACAUGAUUAUAAAGCCACAGAUGGAACUAGUGAGGGACAACAGGAUCAACCCACACUAAGGCAACAGAAACAACACAGCUGUGACACAUGUCUGAAACAUUUCAGAAAGAUCUCAAGACUGAGAGCUCAUCAAAGCAUUCACACGGGAGAAAAGCCUUAUCUUUGCGCCCAAUGUCAGAAGAGAUUCAGAAAAUCUGCAAAACUGAAGGUUCAUCAGCGUAUCCACACUGGAGAAAAGCCUUAUAUUUGCUCCCAGUGUGAGAAGAGAUUCAGAUAUUCUACAGGAUUGAUUGUUCAUCGACGCAUUCACACAGGAGAAAAACCUCAUCUCUGUACCCAUUGUGACAAGAGAUUCAGAUGUGCUAAAAGAUUGAAGGUUCAUCGACGUAUUCACACCGGAGAAAAGCCUUAUCUUUGUACCCAUUGGANCAGAUGUGCUAGAAGUUUGAAGGUUCAUCGACGUAUCCACACCGGAGAAAAGCCUUAUCUUUGUACCCAUUGUGAGAAGAGAUACAGAUGUGCUAAAAGAUUGAAGGUUCAUCGACGUAUCCACACAGGAGAAAAGCCUUAUCUUUGUGUCCAGUGUGAGAUGAGAUUCAGAGAUUCUUCAAGAUUGAAGGUUCAUCAGCGUAUCCACACAGGUGAAAAACCUUACCUUUGUACCCAUUGUGAGAAGAGAUUCAUAUGUGCUAAAAGAUUGAAGGUUCAUCAGCAUAUCCACACAGGUGAAAAACCUUACCUUUGUGGUCAAUGUGAGAAAAGAUUCAGAAAUUCCGCAAGACUGAGGCGCCAUCGCCGUGUCCACAUGGAAAAAAAUACCUAAUCCACACAAGAGAACAUUUAUCACAAUAAUAUUAACAAGCAUUCAAAAUCAA